CUCGAUUUCGUUGUUGUUGGUUCACUAAAAUCCCUCAAGUAUCUGGAAAUAUCCUCAUGGAUCAGAUCACAGAAACUACUAUCAUUGCCAGACAGGUAUCUACCGUCUAAAAAGUGCGCCAGUUUGAGUGGUUUUCAAAUGUUGACGUAAAUUUGUGCCGCUCGAUCGAAUACACCUGCUGCACGUCUGUCUAUGGUAUUGGUUUUAUAUACGAGAGUUCAUCACCGGGGAACAUCGGGUUGCACGAGUGAUGAAUACUUAAUGGAGCAGAGAGAAAAUCUGGUCGUGCCGAUGACUACAUGAAUAAUCUAACCAUUAGGUGCACGAACACGGUCCUGCUAUCAUGGCGCGUGAUUCUACGAGCUGCUUGCUCGCUGUCAUUAUCCUGUCCGUUGUCGGGAGCGGCGUGGCGUCCGCCUGCAAGUGUGUGGAUCCCCCGACGGUGUGCACGGGCAAUUUCGCUCUUCGUGGAAGAAUUACCAACUCAUCUGGGAACCAAACCGAACACGACGACAUCAUCUACACCGUCAAUGUAUCGGAAGUAUUACGUCAUCCGUCAUCUCGCAGUGUUCAAAGUCCAGAAUCUAACUCACUCAUCAUCAUCUCGACAGGGAGUCAUUCGUGUGGAUACCCCGAUCUACAAACGGGAGAAAUAUAUUUCAUCGCCGGUGAUUUCCACGCACCGUCAACCUACACACUAGCGAAAUGCGCUGGAUUGGUCAGCAGUUAUGACUCGCACGGAAACAUCCCCAACACAGACAAUGAUAUACAGACUUGUUCGGCUUGCAUGGCCGGAGUUUCAUGCAUCACAUUUACCAUUUGUCUCUUUUUCUAUGGAUUUUCAACGAUAUACCUCGUCAGUUGAUGUACUCAUCAAAAGUGUGUUUAUAAAAAGUGUCUGAAAUGAAGACUUCGAUGAUAUACCGGGGCGUCGCCAAAAAGCCCAUUCGCCAUCCGGAUUUUUCAACAAGAAAACAAGGCCCCAGCGACGCCCCUUUGUGAUUAUUGUCUUUAAACGAUUCCUUACUUUGUAUUUGUACAUUAUAAUGAGUGAAACAACUUUAUGUUUUAUGUAUGUUAGAAUGCAUAGUGAAAAAAUAUUGAUAUUUAGCUAUUUAGUGUUAGCAUUUUAGGUUGUGACGUGCUAUACGACGAUAUCAUGCAGCACACUAAACAAUAAACAGACUGUAGGAGGUAGGAAGCAGCCUUGCUGGACGCCAUUCACCCAUCCCAAAUU